AUGGGUAGCCUAGCAUAUUUACAGGUUGGGGACAGACCUUUGGCUAUGGAUGUCCAAGCUUUGGCCAAUAGCAUGGUUAAACUUGAUAUUUCAGAACCUGGCAAGGUUUUGGCUUGUGUAGAGAAGGAGUUGGGUACACGACUGGAGCUUAGUAUAACAUUUCCCCCUCAGACUGAUAGCCAGUCCGAGGGGACUAUUCAGGUCUUUGAGGACAUGGUAUGGGCCUGUGUGAUUGGCUUUGGUGGUCAUUCAGAUCAGUUCUUGCCUUUGGCGGAGUUUGCUUACAACAACAGUUACUAUUUGAGUAAUGAGAUAGCACCAUUCGAGGCAUUAUAUGGUAGGAGGUGUGGUUCUCCCGUUGGUUGGCCUGAUGAGUUUGAGGUGAGUCCUUCGGGUACAGACUUGUUGAGGGAUUCUUUGGACAAGUUCAAGUUGAUUCAUGAAAGACUUCUCACAGCUCCGAGUAGACAUAAGAUUUAUGCGGACCGAAAAGUUUGUGACCUAGAUUUCAUGUGGGAUUUGGUGUUUCUUGAUCAGAAUUUGACUUUUGAGGAGGAUCCAGUUGCUAUUUUUGAUAGGCAGAUCCGGAAGUUGAGGUCAAAGGAAAUUGCUUCAAUAAACGUUCAGUGCAGGCAUCAUCUGAUCGAGAAGGCUACCUGGUAG